AUGGUCCUCGGAAACCGGGGAAACAGGCAAAGCCGGCAUCAUUGUCGCUCCGGACGAUGCGCCUCCUCUAGACAAGCUUCCGCCAUCAAGGUCGAGAAGCUUGCCAAGAAUUCCUCGGAUGGCGCAACAACAGAACCCAAACCCGAUAUUGAGAUCGAGACAGAUGCAGCGAUAUACAAGGACGGCAGGGUGGCUUUGAAGGGCAACCCGCUGAAGUCGACCAAGGAGGUCUUAUGCUCGAAGUGCCACCUCCCACGGCUGCAUCACCCGACGGACGGCAAAGGCGCGAAGAAGCCUGACCCGGGCGUCAUCUACUGCAAAAGACACCCAUACAUCGACAAGCCGGGCUACGACAUUUAUGGCCAGACGUGGGUUGCCCCUGGCCCGGGGCGGGGCAAGAAGAAGAAGGACCAGAAGUUGGACCCCAACGACCCGAGCUCCCCGGCGCCGGCUGAAGGGGGCGCAAAGGACCGGGCGUCGAAUGUUCUCAACUUCCCCAGCGCGACAUGUCCCAAAUGCAAGCGGUGUAUCCUGGUGACGCGUCUGAACAACCAUAUGGGUUCGUGCAUUGGAAACAGCGGGCGGAACGCCAGUAGAGCGGCGGCGCAGAAAAUUAGCAACGGCAACAACGGCGGCAGUCAGAACAAUGACAACACGCCGCCCGGCAGCCAGAAGGGCACACCGCGUCCCGGGAGCCGCGGGGGUAGUCCCAGGAAGCGCGACGUCGACGAAUUUGACGAGGACGCAGAGGAGUCCGAUCAACCCAACCCAAAGAAGAAAAAGGCCAAGCUGAACGGACUAAACAAGAAGGUGGUUCUGAAGGCCAAGGCUCCCAGCGCCACCGGCAAUUCCAAGAAGGACAAGGUUAAGGGCAGCUCGAGCCUCAAUGUGGAGCAGAAGGUGGGUAGCGAUGCCAAAGACUCGACAGUACAAGUGGCGCCAAAGAAGCAGACCCCCAAGCUAAAGGGUAUCUCGCCUGCCAAGAAGCUCAAGCUCGGUCCGGCAAAGCCACCGUUACCUUCGCCCGGCAGCAAAAAGGGCAAACGGGACCACGAUAUGGAGAGCGAGUCGUCCGAAACUAUGUCAUCCCCCCCGCCGCGUUAA